AUGGCCAAUGAGGAGGUGGCUGGGGACGAGGGGGGUCGGUGGCAGCCCUAUCUUGGCUACCGUGACUGGUGGCACUGGGAAAAGCCCAGUGGGGCCACGCUCCCGCUCUACGACGCCGCUUGCCAGGUCGCCCAGGAGGUCGCCGAGAAAAUCCAGGAGCGUAACCGGUACCAAAGGAACGGGGAGAGUUCAGCCAAGCUCAAUGUGAUUAUCAGAUCGUCGUUGCAGAAUCUCAGAGAGAAGAUCGAUCAGCUGAAGGACUUACUGCUUCGGGCUGUAUCAACACACCAAAUCACACAGCUGGAGGGAGACAGGAGGCAGAAUUUGGUGGAUGACCUUCUCACGCGACACAAACAACUUCAGGCAUCUUACAAGAAUGAAGGCACAGAACCAGAUGUGAUAAGAUCUAGCCUAAUGACGGGAGGGGUCAAACGAGGUGUAACCAACCCAUGGCUCGUGGAAGAACCUGAGGAAACCAGAGGACUUGGCUUUGGCGAUCUCAGGCAGCAGCAACGAAGGAUCAUAGAAGAGCAAGAUGCUGGACUCGAUGCUCUUUCUUCAAUCAUAUCCCGGCAGAAGCAAAUGGGGCAGGAAAUUGGGAAUGAGCUGGACGAACAGAAUGAGAUCAUCGACGACCUCACGAACCUGGUUGAAAACACAGAUGACAAGCUUCGCAACCAGACGCGGCACGUGAAGAUGGUGGACAAGAAAUCGACGUCCUGUGGUAGCGGCUCCGGGGUGAGCUGCUGCCUGGCAGAGCCUUUCUUUCGGGAUAAACCGUUUGGAGUUUACCAGCUGGGCUGCGGCUUCUGCAUCCCUGGCGCGGGUCGGCGGGGCUGCGGGGUGAAGCUGGGCCGGAGAAGGUCCAUGGGUGGCAGGGUGUGA